AUGGAGUUUGCAAGACUGGCCAAAAAACUUGAUCAUUUAUUUAAACUUCCACUUGCGGAGCCGUGGGAUAAUGUCGGUCUUCUUAUACAGCCGUCCGUUCCAACGUUUGUCAGUCGCAUAUGCCUAACCAAUGACCUGACCGAACCCGUUCUCAACGAGGUUACUCAUAUUGGUGCCAACUUUAUAAUAUCGUACCAUCCCCCAAUAUUUCGACCAUUGAAGCGACUCACCCAAAGUACAUCAAAGGAACGUAUUAUCGUGAAGUGUAUUGAGCACAAAAUUGCUGUCUAUUCACCUCAUACUGCUCUGGAUGCCGUAUCCGGAGGCCUGAAUGACUGGCUCCUUAGUCCAUUUGGCAACAAGCUGUUGGAUAGGCCACCCACCGUUACGACAAGACACGACCGCAGGUUUCAGGAAUAUUGCAUUCGAAAUAAUAUCGCUCCUAUUAACUGCAAAGCAGCUUCAUCUAACGGUAAACUAUCUGAGGCAAUUAUGAGUGGGGAUGCACUGAAGUGUCAGGAAGUGGAAAUCGGUGACCCCCUUACAUUUUUGCCAGAGGAGGGAGCUGGUCGCAUAGGCCUCCUUAAGGAGGGCUAUACUGUCAAUGACGCAGUUGAAUUCUACAAGGCAUUGCUUAAUACGAGCAUUCUUAAAGUUGCCCUUGGCUACGGGAAAACAUUUGAUAGCCCGGUGACGGCAGUUGCGGUAUGCGCGGGAUCCGGGGGCUCGCUUUUUUCGCAGGAGGCUAUAGUGCAAGUGGCGGACCUCCUGGUGACGGGUGAGGCCUCCCAUCACGAGCAGUUGGAGGCAGUGGCGCGCGGAGCCACCAUCAUCACUGCGGGUCACUCGGUCUCUGAGCGCGGCUACCUUUCCCAGCGCCUGCGGCCCUGGCUCCAGCACGAACUCGCCACAACCUCCGUCCCUAUCGACAUCGCCUCCACCGAUGCUGAGCCUGGCAUCUACGUUCUGCCUCCUGGAAUCCAGUGA